AUGUCUUCUGUUUGGCACACUAUUCCCCCUCUUCAAUGGAACUACAAGAGGUUGGGUUUCCUUUUAAUUUUCAGUGUAAGUGUAUGUUGUAGUGCCUCUUUAAUGUGCCCCACCACUUGCAUCUGUGCCAGUGACAUUAUGAGUUGCACCAGCAGAAACCUCUCAAGGGUGCCAUCAACUCUUUACAAGCACAUAAAAAGACUGGAUAUGAGUCAUAACAAAAUUGGGAUUUUGGAUCAAGACUGGAUACCCAUGCUGCUUGAGAAGUUGAACACCCUCAUCCUCAAUCAUAACAACAUUUUUAGUAUUUCUAUUGGGAGCUUCUCAGUUGUUCCAAAUGUCAAGUACCUAGACCUGUCAUCCAACAAUUUGAAGUCAUUGGGCAGUCCUAUAUUUCAAGAAUUGAGAAUGCUGGAGGUUCUGUUGCUUUAUAACAAUCAUAUUGCACAAGUUGAUUCUGCUGCUUUUGGAGGAAUUCAUAUGCUGCAAAAACUGUAUUUAAGUUACAACUCUCUCACACGCUUCCCAAUUGAACUCUAUACUGGGAAAUACAAGCUCUCCGAACUUGUAUUCUUAGAUCUUUCUUAUAAUCAGAUCCAGUCAAUACCAGUUAAUGGCAUAAGACUAGUACCAGCGCGACACUUAAGUGGAAUCUAUCUUCAUGGGAACCCAUUUCAUUGUGACUGCAUACUUUAUUCUAUGCUGAACUUGUGGUACCUUCGACAUUUUACUUCAGUGGAAAACUUCAAGACUGAAUAUACAUGCAAUAAAGAUUCCCAAAAACUGCCUUUAUUGCAGAACAAUUAUUAAUGUUCAGAAAGCACCAUUAAUGGUUCUUUCCAUGCCUUUGGUUUUAUUCAGGAAGCACAAAUUGGUGAGCGAAUUAUAGUACCCUGUGAUACCAAAAUCAGUGAUGCUGGGACUAGUUUUAUUUGGAUCAGACCAGAUAAUCAAGUAUUAGAGCCAGGAAAGAUAACUGAACAGUUCAAAGUAUUUCAUAAUGGGAGCCUGGAAAUAGAUGAUGCUCAGUAUGAAGACGCUGGACUUUAUUCCUGCAUUGCAAUGAAUAAGAAAAGAUUACUGAAUGAAACAAUUGAAGUAAGAAUAAAUGUCAGCAAUUUUACAGUGGACAAAUCUUACUCACAUGAAACAUUUAACACUGCUUUUACAACGCUUGCAGCUUGUGUAGCCAGUAUUAUUUUGGUACUUCUUUACCUCUACUUGACGCCCUGCCCUUGUAAGUGUAAAUCAAAGAAAAGGAAAAGGCAAUUAAACCAAAAUAGCACAUCUCAUGCAUCCAUACUAACCUCCAACACACUCCUCAAUCUUCCAUUAGAUGAGAAGAAAGCUAGCAGUGGCAAAAGGGUGGUGUUUCUUGAACCUGUGAAGGAACCUAAACCAGGUCAAAAUGGGAAAAUCAGAAUAUUUCCCAAUGAGACUGUAAUUACUGAAAGCAUCCUGAAAACACCCCGAACAAAAUCAGACUCGGUUUCUACAAACUCAGCAUUCUCAGACAUGCAUUUCAUGCCAUCAUCUUAA